AUGUGUUCAAAGACUGCUUCUUUGAUGAGGUGGCAUGAUGGUAAAAAGAAGAAAGAUGAUACGAUGCGACAUCCUGUUGAUGGAGCCGCGUGGGAGUCAUUUGACAAGGAGUUUCCCGAGUUUGCAUCAGAUCCUAGAAAUGUUAGGUUGGGGCUUGCUAGUGAUGGUUUUCAACCCUUUGCAAACUCGAAAACACCUUAUAGUAUUUGGCCUGUAGUACUUAUGCCAUAUAACUUACCUCCAUAUCUUUGUAUGCAGCAGUCUAAUAUACUUCUUUCGAUGCUUAUUCCUGGUCCUAAAGGACCCGGUGAUGCAAUUGACAUAUAUUUGCAACCAUUGAUCGAGGAAUUAAAAGAUCUAUGGGACACUUGUGUCGAGACCUUCGAUGCAGCAACUCAACAUCAUUUUAAUUUACGUGCAGCACUGAUGUGGACCAUUAAUGAUUUUCCAGCAUAUGCCAUGUUGUCAGGAUGGAGUACUAAGGGGUAUUUGGCAUGCCCUCGUUGCCUUAAGGAUACACGAUCAAUGAGACUAUCUCAUGGGGGCAAAGAAUGCUACAUGAAGCAUAGAUGUUAUUUUCCAAAGAACCAUAGAUGGCGGAAGGAUAAGGAUUCAUUUGACGGAAAAGUUGAGCAUGGUCUACCUCCUGAACCUUGUUCAAUUGAUGAAAUUCUUCGUCAACUCGAGGAUCUUGAGAACAUUGUUUUGUCCAAGGAUCCACAUGUGAAGACAAAAAUAAAUCAUGAGCUUAGGGGUGAUAAUUGGAAUAAGAAAAGUAUUUUCUUUGAGCUUCCCUACUGGAGGAAACAUUUGUUACGGCACAAUUUAGACGUGAUGCAUAUUGAGAAAAAUAUAUGUGAUAGUGUUCUUGGGACAAUUAUGAACAUCAAAGGGAAGACUAAAGACACUAUAAAAUCACGUCAUGACUUGGAAGCUAUGGGGAUAAGGCCCACAUUGCACCCAGUCAAAGGAGGGGACAAAUAUAAGAUGCCUCCAGCACCGUUUACUUUUUCUCCUGCCGAGAAGAAAAGAUUUUGUUUAAAGAGCCAUGAUUGCCAUGUAAUACUCGAACAUCUUCUUCCUUUGGCAAUACGUGGUCUACUCACUCCACUUGUACGCGAAGCACUGAUUGAGCUAUCAAGGUACUUUACCUUAUUAUGUGCUAAAGUACUUAAAGUGAGUGAAUUGAAACAACUAGAGACCCAAAUUCCUAUCACUCUCUGCAAAUUAGAGAAGGUUUUUCCUCCCUCGUUCUUUGAUGUGAUGAUGCAUUUGCCUAUCCAUUUAGCCAAUGAAGCUAUGAUCGGAGGUCCUGUUCAGUUCAGAUGGAUGUAUCCUAUUGAACAAUAUAUGUAUAAGCUUAAAUCUUAUGUACGAAAUAGGGCUCACCCAGAAGCUUCAAUUGCGGAGGGCUAUUUAGCAGAUGAGUGUAUGACCCUUUGCUCAAGCCAUCCUGGUAGAGGUUUAGGAGCUCUAACUGUUAUAAGUGUUCCCAAGCGUGAAAUGCAUCAAGCUCACGAUUACAUUUUGAUGAACUGUGACGAGGUUCAACCUUUCCUACAAGAGUAUUCUGAAACUCAUCCAAUAGAUGAUUCUGGGAUCAUCGAAGAGGAAUGGAGCGAGAAUUUUAGAAAAUGGUUUAAGGAUGAAGUUGUGCUCUUAUAUGAGAAUAAUAAGAGCAAGGAAAUGGAAAAUCUUCUCUCCCUUUCACGUGGACCAACUGAAUAUGUAACAUCUUUUAGUCGUUAUGUGGUAAAUGGAUACAGAUUUCAUACACAAAACCGUGAUAAGAAUUUGAGAACACAAAAUAGUGGCGUGGUUGUGUUAGGAAAUACGGGUGAUGGAGAUGAGAACAUGGAUUAUUAUGGAGUUGUAACAGAAAUUGUAGAGAUACAAUAUCUCGGAGGAAACCGAAUUGUGCUAUUUCGGUGUAACUGGUGGGAUGUAUUUGAUAAGGUAAGAGGAAUCAAAGAAGAUGAAUAUGGAACCAUUAGUAUUAAUUGUAAUAGGCAAUUAAAAACUGAUGAACCAUUUAUCUUAGCUAGUCAAGCAAGACAAGCUUUUUAUGCCACCGACAACAUUAACAAAGUUUGGGUUAUUGCAUCAAAUACUCAACCGCGCAACUUGUUAGAUGAUGACAGUGAUGUUGAUGAGCAAAGUGAAGCAUACCAACAGACUGAAUUUGAUAGACCAACAUAUGUUGCAUCCUCCUCUACAAGUGAAAGCAGUGAAAUACGUAGAAGUCGGGCUGGAAUAGAUCCCAUUAUUGUAGAAGAUAUUUCAAUCAAAAGUGGAGAACAACAAGCUCGUGUGAAGAGGAGAAGAGAGGAAUGA